UGGACUGAGUGAAGAUCCGCCCCCUCCGGUCAUGUCUUGUCUUGUUGCUCCGUGUGAACUCCGGAGUUUCAAUAUUGAGACGAAGACAGCAGGACACACUGACAGGAUUCUGUGUAGUGAUCAUGGCUGAGAACGGAAAACACAGUGAGAUGGAGACAGGAGACGGACUUCCGACGUCACAGGAGACACAGAGUGUGAUGUCUCGUGUGAGUAACCUGGCCCUGGUCAGCUCAGCGUGUGACGCCGUGUCCAGCGCAUACAGCAACACGAAGGAAAGCAUCCCUGCGCUCAGAGGAGUGAUGGACGCGGCCGAGAGUGGAGUUCGAACCCUGAGCACCGCCGCCAGCUCCGGAACUAAACCUCUACUGGACAAACUGGAGCCUCAGAUUGCCGUGGUGAACGAGUAUGCCAUGAAAGGUCUGGACAAGAUAGAGGAGACUCUUCCUGUCCUUCACCAACCAGCGGACAAGCUCAUGUCUGAGACAGUAGGAAAGGUGUAUCAGUGUGUAUCAGGAGCGAAGGACGCGAUGGUGGGGGUGAUGAUGGGGGGAGUGGAGAUGACCCGUACUGCCCUCAGCGGCAGUAUCAACACCGUCAUGGGGUCCCGCGUGGGGCAGAUGGUCAGCAGCGGCGUGGGUUUGGCUCUGAACCGACUUGAGGACUGCGUGGAGCAACAACUCCCGCUCACACAGACAGAACUGGCCGCUGUAGCAGAGCCUCUGCCGAAAGAUGAGGUCAGAGCCUCGCAGAGCGACGGGGGUGUGACCUCACAAAACCCCACCCCCAGCUACUUUGUGCGCCUGGGGAAACUCUCGGCCCAGGUUCAGGAGCGAGCGCUGGAGCUGUCCCUCAUCAAGGCCAGCGCCGCCCGGGACGCCACCCACAGAGCCGUCGCCCAAAUCAGCAGCACUCUGGACCUGCUGGAGAACCUGAGAGGAACCAACGCGCUGGUGGGAGCACCGGAGCAACUCCUGAAGAGGUGGAGGGAGUGGAGACAGGAGGGGCAGGAAGAACAUGGGCAGGGGCAAGGGGCAGAAAAAACGGAGGUGGACACCGAUGAGGAGGGCAAAGAGAACGGAGAGCAGCUGGAUCGGAGAGCUCUGUCCAUGGUGCAAGCUCUGAGUGAGCAGCUGCGUGUGGCAUGUUCAGGUGUGGUGUCCAGUGUUCAGGGUCUCCCCACCACCGUCCAGGAACAGCUGCUGAAGGCUCGGAACUCAGCCGAAGAGCUGCACUUGACCCUCGGCAAAACCACCACCAUCACACCGCUACUGCUCCAACAGAGCCGAACCCAGAUUACACAGGUGAGACAGUCACUGGACGGAGUGAUGGACUAUCUCCUGAAUAACACGCCUCUGAACUGGUUAGUCGGGCCUUUUUCACCCCAGCUGACGGAGAAGCAGCCGAGCGCAGAGUAGCGCUCAGAAAAAAUAAAAACGUUCAAAUGUGCCUUUAACGACAGCGUGUAGCUCUUUUACCUGCACUGUGACCACAUGGUGGUCAGUAGGACAUUUGCUUUUAAAAUCACUAAUGAAUCAUUCAGCCUGAACACUGUUUUCAAACAAUCAUUUGGUUUUACUAUGAAUCACUAGUGAAUUAUUUGGAUUUACUACAGAAAUCACUAGUGAAUCAUUUGGAUUUACAGUAGAGUCACUAGUGAACCAUGCGGCUUUGCGAUGAAUUGCUAGCGAAUCGUUUGGAUUUACUACAGAAAUCCCUAGUGAAUCAGCUGGUUUUACAAUAGAACUACUACUGAAUCAUUUGGAUUUACCACAGAAUCAGUAGCGAAUCAUUAAGUUACAGCUUAUAGCUUUACUAGUGAAUCAUUUAACUUUUCUGUAAGUUAAUAGUGAAUUAUUCGGUUUUACCAUAGAAAUCACUCAUGAAUCAUGUGGCUUUACUAUAGUAUUACUAGUGAAUCGUUUGUCUGUACAACAGAAAUCAUUAGAGAGAAUCAUCUGGCCUCAUCACAAUCAAUCAUUUGGCCUCAUAAUAAAAAUCCCUAUUGAAUCAUUUGGAUUCAGUUGAAACAUUUGGAUUGAAUUAAAAAAAAAUUGCUUGUGCCAUGUCCCAAAAAAUGUGUGGCAUGUUCAGCUGUACUAUAGUAAUAAUGAAUAGUUUUACUGACUCAUUUGCUGUUCACAAUCACAUGAGCAUUGUUUGAUUUUUACUGCUAGUAAAUGUGAGCAAUCCCCAGUGAGUCAUCCAGACGUUUCCUGGAAUCAUCAGUGAAUCAUUUGGUUGUACAACAGAGUCAUUAGUGAAUCAUUUGUGAUUGUCAUCACUUUUGAGGAAACUAUAUCCAUUUAAUCAGGUACAGUAAAAUAAACUGACUUUAAUUAUCCAUGUUGUUAAUGGAUUUCCUGUUCCAGUGUAAUAAUGUCAAUUUUAGCACGUUGCUCAUUAGCAAUUCUACUCUCAUUCAGCAGUGACUGUACUUUUUCUCUCAUUCAGCAGGACACUGUCAUGUUAGUCAUUAUGUUCAUCAUUAUUAUAACUGUAAAGCACGUGGUUCAUGUCUGACGUAUUACAAUAAACCAGUGAUAUUACAACAUA